CAAGUGUAUAGUAUACGCGUCCUGGACACCAACAAUCACGACCGAUGGCGGCGCUGCGUGAGUUGCUGCUCGCGGCGGAGCGCGAUCGCCAGCCUCUAGAUGACGCCUUCCUGUCAUUCUCGCGCUCGCUACGUCUCUCUCCAUCUGAAAACCCCAAUGACGCAUCGCAACUCUCCCCUGAGAGCGCGUCCUCGUUGUCUCUCCAGUUCCUAGCCGUCCACCCACAAGGUGAGCUUCUUCUGCGCGUAUGGCCCGACCAACACGGCAUCGGCAGUCGCUGGGAAAGACGCGAGAGCUUCGUGACGUUUCUCCACGUGGUGACGCACCUACUACAGACGCAGCAGCAACAAGACGCUGCUCAAGCCGAAGCCUUCGCGCUCCGCGUUGUGCGUGAGAAAACCCCACAGCUCGAAAAGCUGUUGAGUUGGAGCGACAAGCCACUGAUCGAAUUCCGAGCGCUGGAGCUUCUUGCAACAAUAGCGAAAGUCAGUGGAUCCUCCGCCCGUGAGCUCGUUCGUCUAUUCAACUUCCAACGUCCAGCGUUUGUCAAGCUGGCCACUAGACGCUGGAAAAAGCCCGAAGUGGAGGAAGAAGAAGUGAAAGAGGCUCCGUUCCAGCUCAGAGCGGCCUAUGUGGACCUGGUGCUUGCACUUACGGCUUGUCCGGAUAAGAGCGUACAUCGCUUCGCCAUGAAGGAGGGAGGCGUCACCGCCUCACUGUUUAAGAGCAUGGACGGAGACUCUGUUGAGAUGUUAACGAUAAUUUUCAACAGAUUAGGAGAACUGGUGCUGCACAAUACGGAAGUAGAGCACAAGAGCAAGCUCGUGGUGUUUAAUGCCACCUGUGUGCACCAGUUAUUGGCGCUUCUACAAGUAGAAGACGAGAUUGUGCGUGAUACGGCGCUAGGAGUGUUGAACGCUCUGUUCUUUGAGGACAGCGCGUUGUACGUGGUGCCUCAGAAGCAAGCGCUUCGGUUGUUUCUGGCGAAAUCAGCCUCGAAUUCCCAUAGAGAGGAAGAAGUCACAACGUCGGAACAGGCUUACGCUCUCAAGGUGAUCCGUAAUGCUGUCGGUACUGUUGGUGUGAAUGAGCUUCUACGCAGCACUCAAGCACAGACGCUCGUGAUGCAGUUUCUCGCUAAGUAUCCAGGUUUCCUGGCGGAGUAUCUCGCUGCAUUGUCCGUCCAGCUGGAGCCCAAGCCAGUGUAUCGCUGGUUCUGCGUUGCUUCACUAGUGCAGAAACUGCUGUCCUGUUCCCUGGAUGCGGUGGCUGAUGGACUACCUAAGGCUCAGAACGAAGAUGCACUCUCGUCGUGGUGUUCUGCACAGUCGUUAGCAUCACGGCUUAUCGCACCGGGCAAUUACCGCAAGGAGCUCUCUCGUUGUAUCCAGCACAGCAACAAUCUGGUCAUCUACUCGUCUCUAGGAGUGAUCGAGGCAACGCUCAAGCGGUAUGUGGGUCUAGCUUCGGCUCUGGAAGUAUUGGGUCUUGCCUCAGAAGUGCAAUCGGAGCUGCGCUUCCUACUUCCAAGUCCGGAGGCUCUUGUCUCGCUGCUCCUCAAGUUGUGUGCGUCUCAGGAGCGCAAAAUCGCGCUGAUCUACGUGCGAGCACUUACGGUCUUCCGUCUUUACUUGGAGUGCCUUCCGCAGACUAUGCGUGAGGUGAAGGUCGACUUUACGAAGACACUGAUGUGGCGUUACUUGGACGGCUCCGCCGAUGAAGAUACUUUACCGCAGCCCAUGCAGAGUUUGAUUGUUGGUGAGAUGCUGCGCUUCCUGCUGGCUGUGGAUACUCCACGCCUGCGUUUCCUCUUUACAAGCGGGAUCUCGGGUAAUCGCUCGAAGCUGCAGCAGAUGCUGCUCUUGUAUGUUUCAACACCGAGUGACGCCGUACAGGAGCUCGCUGGGAAGGUGCUUCAACGGACUUUGAUCGCUUCGGAUAUCUUCGGACAUGAAACACAAAGCGCUGAUGGACGUGCGAACGAAGAAGUUAGAUUCUGGCUCGAGAGUUUGCGUCAGUGUGGAAGCAAAGCCUGCGCUGAGUUCACCGAACAACUUGCACGUGCUGUGAUGGCUGAUCCACUCAUGUACGUCGCGGUGGGUCGUCGUAUAGUGACAGAAGCAUCGUGCUCAUCCUCGUUGAGUCCGAUUACUGUUGCGCUGGUGGGAUUCCUUAACUCUCGUGAUGGAUGGAAGACGGAAUUGUCGGUGUAUCGCGCUGAUCCAUGCGUUGUGACUUAUGCUGUACGCAUUUUGCAAACCCUGAAGCAAACCAGCAAAUAUCCACAGCAAUUGGUCGAUCUCAUUGCGAGCAAAGAUACUUUCACUGUGGAUAUCCCUGCGUCAAAAUCCCAACAAGAAGAGAACGGUGAGGGUUCGAGCGAUGGUUCUAACGGCAAGAAGCGGAAGCGGUCGGUGGGAUCUGAUGAGACUGGAGAUGAUGCUUACGUGUGGCUUAAGAGUCACUGCGAAGCGCUUGUUUCAGGGAAGCACGCUUCUAGCAGUGCUGUCGCAGUAAAAAAGAAAGCACGAGCGUCUAGCAAUAAGUGGCACCGCUAUAGUGACCCGGAUUCGUUUACGGCUGCGUUGGUGGCCAUGACGCCUGCCGAAUUUACUUCAUCCUGGGAACAUAUUGUCAGCAACUGCGCUGACAUUGCGGAAUCGUUCGGUCCGGUGCUUCAUUAUCUGUUGGCGCGCGCAGACGUGGAUUUCCUGUCACUACUGACGCCUGCAGCGGCGAAACACAAGAAACAGACAUUCAAAUCUGCAGCAGAGGCCUUCACGAAGACGGUCCCUGUGAGUAUUGUUCUUCAGCACGUUCUCAUUAACAUCGAGAGUAAAGAAGCGAAGCAGCAGGAGUCGAUGAUGUCCACGGUGGCGACCAUGAUAAAGCGUAGAAUCGAGGACUAUGAGCUGGCAGCGACAGAGGCAGCGCGCAUGUGUGAACAACUCCUGUUCUUCUUCUCAUCAAACCAUUCUGGCUUCCUGGAAACCGGACACACUCAGCUUUGCGAGCUGUUUUUACAGCUACUGACCGUCGUUCUUGUUGCUGAGGCUGCUUCGACUCCCACUGUUGUGACGCGUAUUUUCUUCAAGUUACAAGCAGUAAUUGCCACCACUUCAAACACUGCGUUGUGGCGACAACUCUCCGCUGUGGAGAUCGUCGCGCUGCGAGUCUAUUCCAGCAAGAACUUAGACACGGAUUUGGUAUCGCUGUGUGAUAUUGGCAGUCUGUUCGAACGGACUGGUGUGCCGCUCGUUGCUGUGUUAGCUUCUCGCAUUCCUACCAGUGUUCGGCUCCCCGUCCUCGACAGUCUGUUGCACCACGGUGCAGCUAUCAAUGCCCCACAUGUUGUGCUAGUCGCCCGCGUUCUUGAAUCCCUAGGAGGCAACAGUAUGGACAAGCAAUACGACUCCUUCGCGGAUUACAAGCGGGCCAAGUUGCUUACGCGCAAGCUCUGGCAGCUAUUGAGCAGCCAAAGCAGGGAGCGGGAGCUUUCGUUUAUCACGGCUGGAUUCAUGGUCCUCAGCCGCUUAGGCGGCAUCGAUGCGUCGACUGCUGUGGCUUCUAUUGAGAGUUUCCUGGCACUACUUGUCGCGCGAAGUGCGCAGACAGCAUCGAGUUGUACAGAGGUUCUACGAGGUAUUAUCGCAGCAAUUCAGAGCGACAAGGAGGCUGCAGUGUUCCCAGUUGUGCUUGAAGAGCACCUGUUGAAGGGUCUUCGACGUGAGAAGAAUGUGCGAGUGAAAUGUGAACUCAUGGCGGCGAUUUACAACGUAUUUUCGCGUGUUGGGAGCUCUUUACAUCGAUUUGUGGAUCAGUUGAUCCCAGUCUGCUAUGAGCGUGUGCUGUUGGAUUCGCAGAUGAGUUUCUCGGCUGAACUUGCAACGUUGAAGCACGUUUCUAUCGAUGAUUCGAGUGAGAACAUCGCGGUUUUGGAUACAUCUGCUAGUGCUGUCGUGACAAAGCUGGCCAGGUCGGAACGUGACGAGGCUUUGACGUCUGUGCAGCUAUUGGGAUUCCUUCUUUUGCUUCGCAGCAAGAGCAGUAUCGCAAGCGUGGACGUUAGUCUACUGCUUGUCCUUGUUCGAAGUGGUUUGUCUGCUUUGAAGGCAGCGAGUGACAGUGAUCGCUGGUUCCACGACUUUGAGGCGACUAUGCUUUUGGUGGAGAGCAUUGUUGGAUCAUUGAAGUGUCAAGAACCAGACAAACAGCUGUCCGCGUUGAAAAUGGUUCUCCCGUUACUUGCCGAAGCGCGUGAAGUUGUGCGAGAACGUGCGGACAGAAAUGUGUUCCAGGGUUUUGUGGGCUUGACAGCAGCUUUGGUGCGUCUCGUGGGGAAUGAUAUUGGUGCGAUAGACUUCGAUUUUGCUGCCCAUUUCGAUGCCGUCUUGCAGCACCCGUGCUUUGCUCUUACGCUCCAGAAUGUGGGCGAUGAUGACGUCGUGCGCCUUCGUGUUGUUCGUGUUGUUGCGCGACUUGCUCGUAUCACGGGCACGUACACGCGCUCGCUGCUGCAGACACUGCUUAGCUGCUAUUCGAUGUCACUCUCUCCGUUCGAUCGCAGCUUGAGAGUAUUGUUCGAAGAGUUUGAGACCCAGGGAUCCAAAGAUGAGGAACUUACACUAGUUAGUAUGGGCUUCCGCUUUGGCGCAUCGUCUACAGUGCCGUCAUCGACAGCAACGUCAAAACGGUCUCACAAUGAUCUGGUCGAUGAUUCCGCCUGGGUUUUUGGUGGAGGUCUCGACCAGAACCGUAUUCGUGCCACCAUUGAACACUUCCCUUUAGACCGUGAAGUCUCACCGGAUAGUGACGCAUCGUUGCUGGAGCUUGACGAAGAAAUUCCAGCCUACUUUGAUGGUAUGGAGAAAAGUUUGGAGAGUGAUGAGAAGCAAGCGAGAGCCUAUGAUCCAGCUUUCCUCUUGCCGAUGCUGUCGCAUUUCAUCUCCUCGUCAGACUUGCCUGAUAGCGGCAUUGUGCAGCAAGGUCUGCUGGGCGUAGCUAUCCGUGCCACUUCGUCAGACGUCGAUAAAAUUCGUGGAUACGCGUUUGGUAUUCUGGCACACCUGCACGAAUCUCUACAGGUUACGACAGAAACAACAAGCGAUUUCAAGGCUGGACGCCAGGUUCAUCUUUUGCUGGAUGUCUUCCGACGCGGCGUCGAGGAGCCACUCGAGCAGAUUCCGUCUGUGGUCACUGUGUUUCUCAACGACGCGCUUGCCGUGUUAAUCCGCCCGACACACGUGCUUUACCCGCAAGUGAACCACUUCCUGUUGGUCCGUCCAGCGAUGGAUUUAGCCGAUGUGCCCAUGUUCUAUUCGCUGUUUAACAGUCGAGCGCCGCUGACAUUCCGCCAAGAACGUUCGUGGCUGCUCCACACGCUGCGUCGCGGAGUACGCAGCGAGGACGACGUGGCUUUGCUUGAACGCCGCCACGUUCUUCCGAUGUUGUUUAGCUUCUUCACGUCCGAACUGGCUGACACUCACACACAGCCAUUGAUCACAAGCAUCCUGUUGUCGGCACUACGCACACCGUCGGGAGGCGUUUACUUGGUGACUAAAGCAGCUCUACUGGAGUGGCUAGCGACGCAAUUCCUGAGGCACGGAACGUCUUCCAAGUUGUCGGGAUCGAUGAAAGCGGCUUCGACGGGACUACUGCUUCCACUCAUGACACUGUUGGAGGAAGCGCUACAGGACGGAAUUUGGGACGAGCUCGAUGUUAUUCUACAGCACGCGACGGCUUUACAGACUGCAAAUGCCUUCACAGCUAUGCAGGCUGCUGUUGCAACGCGUCGAAGCAAUUCAAGGAGUGAUCAGUUAGUCACAAGCAAGGCUGCUGUCGUUGCCGCAUUGGUUGUUCGUCGCGCUGGUUCCGUGUCUUCGCUGGAAGUGCUGCAGAAGGCUUUUGAGAUUGUUCAGCUAUCCACGGAAGACAGAAGUGCUCUUGACAGUGCCGAGGUUGUAGCCAGCAGUCUCACGCGAUGGCUGCUGCAGCAAUGCCACCACGAAGCCCAGAAGCAACGCUUCUCGGACUGGGCAGUGUUGCUUCGCCAAGUGGCUUCCAUUCUUGUCUCCUACAACGCCACCACUCUUAUGGUGCAGCAGCAGCGAGCGAGACGUGCACUCGAGCAGCUCAAGACUGUUUUGGAUCAAGUGCCAACUCUGAAGCAACUUGUGCUGGCACCUUCGACCGCCAACCUGCAGCUGGCUUACGCUCCCGCGUUGCUUUAGAUCUUCAUGUGGUACUACAUUUUAAUAGACAAUUCUUUUGUGCAUU